AUGUUGUGGGGACGCUACCUGCCUUAUAUUGAAAAAAUGAAGCCUAUGUCUGACUUGUGUGCCACUUGUAAAGAGAUAAGUGGACUGAUUAUAAGAAGUGCUAACAUGCAAUCAGAUGAAAGGAUAACUUUGGCAAUGCAAAAGGCGCUAGAUCACAUAAGUCUUGUUGAAAAGGAAAGGGAGUACUAUAAGGAUGUAUUAAAAGAGGCACAAUUAUUGUUAAAAGGGCUGUAUACUGAUGCAGCAAACAAUUACAAUCCCCCACUAACAAGGCCACUUGCUAUGUUAAAUAUUGUAGCACAUUAUAGCUUCGAUUAUGCUCAACAGGUUCACUAUCCUUCAAGUCCACGACAAGCAGGUCCAAUUUAUUUUCUUACUCCCAGGAAAUGUGGCAUAUUCGGUGUGUGCUGUGAAGCUAUCCCUCAGCAGGUUAAUUUCUUGAUCAAUGAAUCAUUCGACACUGGUAAAGGGGCAAAUCCUGUCAUAAGCAUGGUACAUUUUUAUUUGAAGAAUCAUGGCCUCAACUCAGUCAGUAUCCAUUUCAAUGCUGACAACUGCACAGGGCAAAAUAAAAAUAAUACAGUUAUUCAAUACCUCUUAUGGAGAGUCAUGACAGGACUCAGUGCGUCCAUUUCAAUAUCUUUUCUGCCAGUUGGACACAAAAUUUUCUCCUGACUGGUGCUUUGGACUAUUAAAGCAAAAAUUCCGUAAAGCAGAGGUGGACUCAUUGGAUGACUUCAUUCAAGUUAUAGAACAAUCAUCUGCUGUGAACAAAGCCCAACCAGUAGGAAGUAGCAAUGGUGAA